AAAACUACCAAACAAAAGCCGCUUCGGUCACUUUCGUCGGUGGUGCGUGUUUUGUUCAAAACAAUCGAAGGACCUCGAGGACGAUGGUGGACCAGCCGCAGCAGAGCACAAUGGAGGAAAUCAAGUGCAUCGUCCGGUCGCUCGCCAUUUCCGGCUCGUCGAAGGGGCUAACGGCACGCGAUCUGGCCCGGGACUUUAAGAACAUGGAGGGCUACGAGCUGCCCUUCCGUAGGCUCGGUUUCAGCUCGGUUGAGCAGUUCCUGGGUUCGCUCAAGGACACCGUCAGGGUCAAUGGUCUCGGUCCGACGGCAACGGUUGAUCCGGUUGUGACCCAAAGUAACAAGCACAUCCGGGAGCUCGUCAACGCCAGCAAGACCAACAACAACUGGAACCGUAAUAAAAAGCCGAAUAUGACCUCCAAUUACCGACCGAAAACUUACAACAGCAGCAACAAUUAUAACGGUCGAAGCAACGGUAAUCACUCCGGCGGCAACAGGUUUCACGAGAAAAGCAACGGCAAUAAUCGUCAGACGGAACCGAGGAAGGUUUUCAACAGCGAGUUUGACUAUUACGACGGAGAUGCGAUUGACGAGAAUGACUCGGAAAGUUCGGACGACCAGCCAAAGUUCACGAUGAACGGUACCAGCAAGUUGCAACAGGUUCAGGAACCGGCUCCGACAAGCAGAGAUGCCAUCCCGGACAGUGAUGCGUUGGACUUUGUCAACUCUCUGGAGGUUCCAUCCGACGCAAUGAACGUUGGCGAUAAGAUAGAAAUGGCCAAAGUUCCGCCCAGCAUUGUCUCGAAGGGGUCGAUCCGGGUGUUUGUGACCGAGGUGCACAACCCGAACCGUCUGUGGUACCACAUUGGGGACAACGUCGGCAAGAUCGACGACAUGAUGAAUGAAAUUGAAGCGUAUUACGGUCAAUUGCCUCGCGAGGAGUGGCGCCUGAAGCCGGGAAAUGCUCGAACUGGGUUCUACUGUAUGGCCAAGUUUCACGGCCAGUGGCACCGGGCCCGGAUCGUGAGCGAGUACGAGCACAGCAAGUUGAAGGUGUUUUACAUCGACUAUGGAACGGUGGCCCUGGUUGAGCUGCGAGAUCUGAAGUACAUGGCCAAGAUAUUCGCCGACGUUCCGGCGCAGGCCAUGCGGGCAUCGCUGGCCUACGUGAAGCCGGUUAAUCACCGCUGGACUCGUGACGCCUCGUGGUCGCUGCUUUCGCUGGUCUACGAAAAACUUCUCUACGCGUACGUUGUGGACGUUGAUCGAGUGGAUAACGUGCUGCACGUGGUGCUGAUCGACACGAGUGGGCCGCAGGAUUACAUCGUGAACCAGCAGCUGUUUGUCAAAGGACACGCCGUCUGGGAGGACGAUCUGCCGUACAAGGAGAAAAGUACAGAAAAUUUUCGAAACCGGAAGAAACUUUUUUGCGAGUUAUAUCCGAGGUUCGAUGACUUAGAAAGCGGAAACUAUCCGUCGCUUCAGGAACUCGGCGAUUAUCGCAAUCAGGGCUUUAACUUUGGCCAGUACUUUUCGCAAUCCUUGGCCGAGCGCUGCCAGUACAUGCAGAACGCAAAGAGCCGUAAGUUUAAGGUCAAAUCUCACUCACUGGUGGACGAAAGCACGAUCCAGCAGCCGUCGCAAGAAGUCGAGCAAGUUCAGUCCGAGGACGAGGAAUUGUUUGACGAUGAAGUCUACGAGGUAAACGGGUACGAACUGCUGAGUUACGACGGUGGAUCGACAAUGGAGGGCGGAACGGUGGAGAAGAGUCCUCCACGGAAUGAUGUUGUCGCUGUCGAGAGUGAGUCGGCUGUGCCGAAAGUUAAGAAGCAAAAGAAGGUUCGGUUCAGUGAUUUUGAGUCUGUUUCCACGUUCAGUGAACUGAGUUACAUCGAUGUGCCGCUGCUGAACGGUGGAGCUGGCAGUGCUGAUUGAAGUUUUGACGUUACUUUGACUGGACGAUUUUUUUUUAAAUUUAUUCGAUUUCAUCAGCUAUUAUUAUUUCAAUAGAUCAAAAAGACCUAUGAACCAUUUGUGUGCUUAGAAAUUUAAGCAAAGAUCAGCAAUUCUCAUUUUUCCGUUCGAUCAA